AUGAUAUUGUCAAAACAAACGCACAUGUUUAAAUUAUUCUCAGAAUAUUUGAAAUUAUAUUUCAUUGUUAUAGUGAAAUAAUAAAAAUAUGGGCAAAAGAAAAUAUAACGAUGAUUCUGAAGAAUCGGUUAAAAGAAGCAAAAAACCUAGUGCUUCUGAAGAUGACAGUGAACAAAAUAAAGAUGUACAACCUCAAAGUGAAAUUACUGCUGAAAAUAAAAAUAAACAGUCAAAAAAACAUCUCAAUUUUGAUAUUAAACACUUCCGAAAGGAAUUAGCGGAAAAACAAGGACAGACAAUGGCUCUAACACAAUUUCUUCAAGUGUGCCUGAAUCCAGACAGUGACAUAGACUACUUAGCAGAGUACCUCAGAGUGGGAGGCAAUUCACAUGAAAUUCUACGUCAAAUAUCUACAGACAACAAAAAAAAUCUGUCUCUCGCCACUCCUACCUUUCAUAUUUUUCAUUUAAUAAUUCUUAAGGUACAAUCAUCAAUGCCACACAUGAUUAUGAUAACCGAAGAAGCUUGUCGCUACUUCUUGAACACCUUUGUACCAACUGUCGAAAUCAUGAUCAGUGAGAACUCAGGCCCUCGACACAGAAAGAUUAUACUAAACUUGUUAACCUCAAUGGUCACAAUGAGUUCUGAUUUAGGUGUUGAAGUACUAAAUCAACUGCCUUUAACCCCAAAACAUCUACAAUACAUUGUUGAGAAACCAAAUUACAAAGAGAAAGACAAUGUAAGAACAGCUUUUGUACAUUUAAUGACUUCAUUCCUUGUUGAUGGUCAUUUACCACUCAUUAAAGCUUUGUUGGAAAAGCAGGGUUUACUUCCACUAGUAAUACCUGGCUUAAUACAGGAUGAAGUAGAGGCAGUGAUUAUGUUUCUUAAUAUCUUGGAGAAGAAUGUCAUAAAUAAUACACUUAUAUCAAAAACUUUGAAACUUAAAACAUUCAGUCAUCAAGUGCUUCACAAUUUGUUCAAAGUGUUCAACUGGAAGGGACCACCCGAAUUAAGCAACGAUGCGAGAAAUGAGGCUCGCCCAGAAAUAUUAACAUUGCUGUCAAAUAUACUAAAAACAUUGUUCACAUCUCACAAACUUGGGUUGUACUUUAUUGAUCCCUAUCUAGGUACUGGUGAGACGAACAGAAACCAAAACUUAUACAAGGCCUUGCUCAGUUUGAAGCGGCCCUGGGAAAAUAAUUAUGAAUGUGAUACAGUGCUUGAGAUUGUUUUUAAAUGUCCCGAUUUGCACAGAGCUCUUAUUCAUGUCAUUGAACAAAGUUUUCAACCACAACAUUCACCGAUAUGGGAGAAAUCAACGGAAUUUACGAUAACACUGUUGAAUAAAUUGCGACCGGAAGAUAUGUUGCCACGUUUACAUAACUUGAACUCGAUGCAGUCCGUUAAUUUUAUAAGAUUUGUGGCAUUACCGGUACCAUUACUGAAACUUAUGCAAGCAAGUAUAGGAACAGAUCAACAAAUUUCAUUACACUGCAUAAAAGUGCUAGUAAAGAUGUUGCAAUCGCUUAAACGAUACAUGACGUUGCUGGAGUUGGAAGAAUCCGACAUUAAAUUGUUGGAAUUAAGAAACAAACUUGAGUAUUUCAUACCAAAACAUGUCCCAGCGCCAAAUGUAAUUGUUUCUUUAAUAAAUGAUAUAACAAGCGGUAACAGUAAGGAUGAUAUCUCCCAAGACUAUAAGCUACCAAAGCUAAAUACAGCAGACUCUCUAUUAUCACUCAUAGAUUUAUUGUUGCUCUACAAUCACAUACAUCCAGCAUUCUUUGAAUCCCUUGAAAGUAGUAUUGACAUGAAAACUAUUUUAGAAUUUACCAAGACGUUAACAUCAGGUCAGAUUUCCCUUCUGAAGUUUAAAGCAGUGUCAUUAUGGCUGAUUUUGGACGAAACAGCUAUAUCUCUUAAAAAUCCAAUGUUUAAGGAUCUAUUUCGCAUCAUGCUGGAAGUUUUUACAAGCGACGACGAGGAUACUUGGAUGGAAGCCAAGGAAACAUUACACAACUUCUUCAAGAGCACUGAAAUUUUCGAAACUGAUGAAAACGAAAUACAUUUGAUGCUGUAUUCUUUACGAAAUGCGCAAGUUAAUCCUAUAUCCAUUGUGGCGGAUAUAGUAGAAUAUGUUUUGAAAAAUAAAAAAGAUUUGACAGAUUAUAUUAAAAAUCAAAUGGUGAAUUUCGAGAUGUCCGAUGAGAGUAAUGAAGCUAAUUUGGAUAAAUUAUUUAAUGAUCUAAUGAACAACAAAAGCACAGAAGACAGUAUGUUUUUGGAAAAUAAAUUGCCUUCUCCAUUCAUUAUUGGAUGCAUACAGUAUAUUCAAGGGAACAAAGAAGCUAAAAAGAGUUUAAAAGGUUUCUUGUCCUUGUUUAUUGCUAAUUUGUUGCAUUGCAAUUAUUCUCCGGAAUUGUCGGAGGUUUUAAUAGGAGACUCGAAAUUAGACGUGAGAGGCUAUGUGACUGAUUGGACAACAAAGCCGGUAUCUCUACCAGACUCUUUAGUAAGGGAUGACAUUUUGUUAAAAAUAUCUAACUCAAUCAUCAACAAUGAAGAUAGUAAUAUUGCUGACAUAUUUCCAUUAUUAAUUAGUUCUGAAGAUGAUUAUGACUUGGCACUAGAUAGUUUAUUUUAUAAAAUAUCUGUACAAAAGUUAGAGAGUACUCAACUAUUCAUUUGGGCGAAAUAUUUAAUGUUUUGUGCCGUCGGAUUAUCGAAAACUGAUGAAUUAAACCCCGAGAAACAGAAGAAAAUCAUAACAUAUUUUCAAGUAAUCAUUUCAAUAGGAAAAAAACAUCACUUCAUAAGUACCAUCAGGAAUAUAGUUUUAAAUUUAUUCAAAAAUACUCACUUCCUCAAAAUAUUCAAAGCAUUAGAUGUUAGUAAAAAAUCAAAUAUUCUCGUAACAGAUUUCUUGUUACAAAUAAUCACACAGAAUAGAGAUAUAAUUGAAUAUUUGGACAGAAAACAUUUCAUUUUACGUUCAUUCCAACAUAAAACAUACACAGAAAUUGUUAAGGCAUUCAUAAAAAUAAAUAAACGAAAAAAUGUAGACAGUGAUCAUACAAUAAAAGUAUUAGACAUUGUUGGGCUGUCUAAAGAGAAUGAUACUCAAGUAUUCGAUCUCAUUUUUAAUACAAAAUUAGAGUCUUGUAUUAAAGAUGACAAAGAACCUAGUGUGGUUUUAGAAAUAUUAAGAGUUUUAAUAGAGAAAUAUUCAAAAUCUAUUGACUUAGAACUAUCUGCGGAAAUUGUGACAAAAUCCAUGAAAUUAUACACAGAUCUAAUAACGAACAAAGAUUUUAUAAUUAAUGUAACGGCUUUAGAAAAUGCCCUUACAGAUUAUUUUGAGAAUAAACCACACCAAAUUUUGCACAUCGCAGAGGAAGAGUUUAGAAAUUUUUUCUACGCAAAUUCAAUACGAAAGUCUACUUCAAAUCUUGCUUCAGUAUUGCUGAAAUUUAAUAGUAAAUUCUGUAUUGUAUACAAAGACGAAAUAAAAAGACCAGAAAUAUUAAGUCAAAGAGAGCUAACAUUGCCACUUGGUAAUGCCAUUGUAAAUCAUGGUCAAUAUUUGGCAAAUAAUAAGGAAAUCUUGGAAAAAUUGUAUAAUGAAUACAAGUCAAAUAUCAAUAAAUAUUUAGAGAAACCCCAUAAAGCGGGACAAGUUUACGUAGCUAGCUGGAAGUUGCUGAAGAAACUUGUGACGGAAUGUAUGACAAUACCAGAUUGCAAGAAAAUAUUUUCCAAGAUCCACAAAUUCGAAAUCUUAGAUUUAAAUCAUGUUAAAUUACUUCAAGUGAUUCUAUACAAAGUUUAUCUUAACACUGAAGAACAUAAAAUAGAAUAUUUUAUAAAUUAUAUUUCUGCAAUGCUCAAUUUAGUGCUGACUUGUUUGAAAGAUGAAAAAAUUAAUGAUUUAGAUGAAACAGUUUCAUAUGUUUACAGUGCAACACAAAUAAGUAAGAUUAAACAAUUGGUUGACAAUAAAGAUGAAUUCACAAGAGUAAUAGAUGGCGCCACUUGGAAGAAUUUUUGCAAAGCGGUUUUGAAAAGUGCCCUUAAAGUAAAGACAGCGGAUCAAGAUAAUAGCUUAGGACCGAGACUACUAUCUUUGCUUACGCUGUUAGUCAAAUAUUUUUACCCCGUUGAUCAUGAGGAUAUCGCUGUUCUAUUCGAUAUGGUUACAUCGCAUUCGGAAUUCUUAAAUGUCAUGCUAAGUUAUCAUAGUCUAGAGAUAAAAUCUAGGUUGCUUCAAUUUCUAUAUUGCUUGAUUACAUUAAACAAAUCUAUUAUGAAAUCACAGCAAAUACCGGUAUAUUUGAGUGCAUAUCAUGCCACAAAGAACCCUUGCGAUAGGUUGAUAUUGUCGAUAUUACAGUACUACGAGAGUAAUGGUUUACCUGUGAAUGAGUACAAACCUUACGUCUGGGGAGAUUCAGCCGCUAACUAUUACGCUGUAAGAAAGAAACGCUCUGCCUCUCUGUGGAGCCAUCCCACUCCGAAUCAAGUGUUAAAUUUAUUCGAUAGAGAAAUUAUCGCGAAAACAGUACGUAACUUCCCAGUUGAACAAAAAUUAGAUUACUAUUUCGAGUUGCCUGAAACCUGCGACUCGUUGAAGGAUAUUACAAUUAAAAUGUAUUUGGUCAAUGAACACGAGCAAAAAGCAAAGUUUGCAAAAUGUGAAACGGUACAAGACAACGAGACGAUUCUAAAGGGUUUGCUAAAGAAAGACGAGUAUAACGCAAUUGUGAAUAAGUAUAAGGAGAGAGAUGUGUUAUCUGUAUCGCAUUUUGAUGAAGACGACGAGAUAUAUGAUCCUGCUUUUCUGUUUCCUCUUUUGAGCCAUCUAUUAGCGCCUGGGUCGAUGGCGUCCUGUUUCAAGUUGCUUAGAACUGGUCUACUGUCCGUCACGGUGGUGGCGCUAAGCUCCCACUGCCCAAUGAUGAGGGCUGCUGCUUACCAUGUUCUGCAUAGAUUCUGCAUGCUCUUGGAGUUGGAAACGAGACAUAAAAAUGACAAAUUGUUGCUAACGGAUUUCAUCACGACGCUCCGCCAGAGUUUAACAAAAGCAAUGAAAGAUGCGGGUAAAGAAGACAAUAAUAUAUUCGGUGAUUUGAAAAAUCCUAAAUUACCAGCGAUCGGCGUUUUAUAUUUGGCCAAAGCAUUGACAGUUUGUACUGCACCUUCGGAACCUCUAUACAAACCAGUCAAUAACUUCCUAAUAGCUAAACAAUUUGUCGAUCUGACCAUAGUUCCGGACUUCCUUAGUCUCUUCCAUGAUAACGAAGUGGAAAGCCUGGACAGACGACUUUGGAUACUGGACGUAAUGACGAAUGGAGUCAAAUCAAUGACGGAUGUUGUUGUGGUGUUCAAAAGCAUGUGUUUGAAGAUGCUAAUGGAUUUCUACACUACAGUGCUAUGCGAUAAACGGACGAAAGUUAAAAUUAUCAAAGUCCUGAAUUCAAUAGUCGCGAUACCAAAAGCCUUCGAAAUAUUACUCGAAGGUCACGGCCUUGUGGCAUGGUUGCAUUCUAUCGUCUGGUAUAUCGCUAAAGACGAUAAAGUGGUCGUUCAAGAGAUUCUUGUGUUAAUCAAAACUAUAAUCGAGAGUAUGAAUAUUAAUUCGUUUCACAAACAAAUGCGACUCAAAGUGGCCGAUGUUAAAGUGAAGAGCGACGUCGAAUACGAAAUCAUAAGCGUCAUUUACGAAUUAUUGAAUCACGUGGAUUGUUGUGAUGUUGACGAUGUUAUGGCAUACGUGAAUCUUUAUAAUUUAAUUUCUAAACGGACAAUUAAGUUCUUGACUAAGAAACAGAUAACGAAUGUUGUGCAUAGAUGCAGCGAAAAAAUUAAAGGCACGGAAAGCAUUAAGGUCAUAAGUCAAGCUCUAGCUUUGAAAAGCCCUUGUAUGUUGAGAAGCAAAAUUGUUAAAAAUGAUGGUAAUAUAUUGGUUAGAGAAUUAGACAUGCUGGUUGAUGCUUAUAUUUCAUAGAUAUAAAAUAAAUUGAAUAAAUACUAUUGUAUUAUAA